ACUAAUGUAGUUGGCUUUGGAACUGUCAAAAUGGCCUCCAUUGAUUUGGACCCGACAUUUGCUCGUGCCCUGAGAUUGAUGCAUUCUAAAUCAAAGGAUUCUGAAGAUCACUUACGAGCCAUGCUUGAUGAAGCAAUCAAGCAGCGUCAUGGUAGCAGUAAGACACUUGCUAAUAUUUUAAUCAAAAAGGAGAGCUUAAGCAAGAGAGAAAGUUCUAAGCCUUCAGGUUCGUCAAGUGCAAGGAAAGAUGUAGAAAAGAAGAACUUUGACAAGCUGAGCAUUGAAGAAAGUUCAGAGUCAAACCGUGAGCCAAGUAGCAGCAAACGGUCAAAGACCAACGACAUUCCUAAACCUGGACAUUCCAAAACUCUGCAUAGUGGCAGUUCAUCUCCCUCACCAUCGUCACACACCAUUACGCUGAGUAAUAUACAUGAAGCAGAGCCAAUUAAAGAUGACAUCCUUCAGCAAGAUGAAGAUGAUGGCGAUGAUGAUGGCAUUCCACUUGAAAUUUUGGAAGAAGACUUGACAUGUGUUGUUUGUAGGGGAAUGGACGUUGUUGCACGCAAUCAGCUAGUGGAGUGUAUUGAAUGCCACGCCCUGUAUCACCAAGAAUGCCAUCAACCACCCGUGGCCGAGACAGAUAUGAAUGAUCCACGUUCAGCAUGGUAUUGUUCAGACUGCACCAAAGCCAUGGGUAAAAUGCAGAGUACUGGAAAUAACAGUGCCGGGAAACAAGCAGCCGCAUCCACAAGCCUAGCAGCUGCAGCGCAGUCUACGUACAGUGCCUCUACCAGCGGUUCCACCGGGAAGCCCGCGUUCGCAGCAGUCACAACAAAAUCCAGCUCAUCUCCUAACUUUAGUACUGCAACAAAAACAUUUGGGGGCCUGCCUUUGCCUGCUUCAAAAACAGGAAGCACCAGUUCAAAACUUACUGCUGUUCCUGCUAACUCUCAGAAGUGCGUAAUGCCCAACAUUAAUAUUAUAAGCGCAGAUAAACGGUUACAGAUUAUGAAGAAGAAAGCUGCCAAAAUGCAAGAGAAGAGGAAACAUUCCAAAUAAAAACUACAGCAGAUGCAAGAAAUGAAUUCUUCUGUAUAUGAUUUAUAGUUUCAAUGCAAAUUCAAACUUAAAAACUUGGAUAUGUAUGUCACAUGUUUUAAAAUGUAUGUUAAGAACCAUGAAUAGCUCAGUAACAAUAAAUUUACGAGUCCAGUGCG